AAUAGCCAAUCGGGAGGCGAAUAGGACCAUAGAACCUCGAAGUCGCAAGAGGCAGGGCGGCGUUCAGGGGGCCGGGCAAGAAACUGAGCUACGGAAGAAAAAAAAAAGAGGGUAUAAAGAUGUAUGGGGCCGCACGGUGAACAGUACUGCAGGUACGGUCGCACACAGGUUACGUAGCCGCACCGGGCCGCGGCAAGACCCCGACACCGCUUCCUCUCACCAACCACAAUGUCUGGCGUAGGAGAGGUAGGGCUCGUCCGUAAAGACGCCGGGCAAGAGAACCCGAGGAUGCCGGCCUGGAAGCGAGAGAUCUUGGAGAGGAGGAAAGCGAAGAGCGGCGGCUCCGGGGUAGCCGCUGGUGCCACGGACGACGGCGGAGGUGGGAGUCCCAAACGUGUUAACGGAGAGCAGACGUUUAACGGCAGCAACAGCGGCGGACCCAGUCGAGACGACACGGGUCGGAACUACACCGUCACGACGGCGAGAAACAAAGAAGCAAGACCGGCUGCCGCAGAGGAGACGACGCGAAGUCAUGAUGACGGACAGGAGAGCUUGGUGCUACGUGAGAGUCUCGGCCCGUUGGAAGAGAACCCAUUUAUCAAGCUGGAGAAGGAGCGGAGGAGACGACAGGACCGGGAAAACGCCGCUCGUCCCAUCCAGCACAUCUUGGAACUAUACGGUAACGUCCCGGGUAUACGGACUAUCAGAGCGGAGAAUAUUAUCAUCAUCGAGUCGGAUCCCGAUUACAUUUCUGAACGAGAAGAGGUAAAAAGUCCAGUUUGGCAGCAAAACUGUUAUUGCUCAAUGAAUGACCUCUUGGAUAGGAGAUGCAAUGCUGUAACGGAGAUAAGAGCUAAGGAAGUGGUUAUUUAUGACACCACGUUGAGCAAGAGUGAGGAGAACCUGAGUACCCUUGGUCGCACCAAUCACAAAGACCCGUCAUCAUAUGACGCCGGCGAAGGUCAAGGUAUGGUGAGCCGUAUCCUGCAGAAGUUUGACAGCAACUACGGGAAGCUGCAGAAAAAGUCUCACAGCACAGAGAACCUGCUGGACUUGGACGGAAGUGUCAGCAGAAGGCCGAGAACCUGGGCCAAGCCACAGCUGGAUCUGGUGCCAAAGUCCAAAGCGGAACGGGCCGAUACCGUGGGCAGAAGGCAGGCAUCAUCACCUGUCUCCCAGAGUUCUUCCAAGCCUAAAUCCCAUUUUCCAGUAUUUGAGCCAAGCAGCCCUCAACAUCUCACAGAAGCUCCAAUGUCCACAACUUCCUUCCGCCAACGGCUUGAAGAUAGCGGAGGUCAUGGUGCAGCUGUCGCUUCUAGAGAUGAACCAGAUAAGGUACACAAGGUGGAUCCUGAUGUGCUUCUCAACUCCAAGGUGCCAUCAUCUUUGCAGGCAUGUGACACGCAUCCCGAGUCCUUUUCAUCUAAGGUUCUGCGUACGUCGCCUGAUUUUGAGAUCCGUGCCUCGCCUAAGCCGGACCUCUCCCAAAUUCCCGACAGUGAUACGCAGGCACGAGCCUUGGCGAAUCUGCGACUGCGGUCCAAAAACUCCUUCACGGUGAUUCCCAAACGACGUCUUACUGCUUCACCUGACACCGCCCACUCAGCGUCGGCUACGCCGGCACUCCCGGCUAAAACGUCACCUUCUCACCAAGUGGCAGAGCAGUCGGCGACAGGAGUGCCAUCUUCUCCCGUAUCCUCACCUGCUAUGAUGCUCCAAAAACUGAAGGAGGCAAAAACGGAAGUGGUGAGGCCAUCAAAGCCCCCAGCGCCUCCUCCUGUUGCCACAAGCCCAACGCCCCCUCCAACCUCUGUGUCUCCUGCUGCUCCUCCUACUUUGUCUUCUUCAGCGGCCCCAUCAUCACCCCCCGUCUCUCCGGACCCCUUGCCGCCCUCCCCGACUGAAGCCCCCAUCCCCGCAGAUCAUCUCCCAGUAACAAACAUAGACGACAUUGUGGAUGUGGAUCACCCUCAUCGUGCCCCGACUUAUAGCCCCAUGGUGCAGAGGCGAAAGGGGAACACAUUCACUGUGGUGCCUAAACGUAAGGCGGAGGGUGAGACCCAGCCCGGUUCACCUGAGCCCCAGCAGGAAACCUCAACGGACACGUCACCCGGGUCCACGCCCCCUCAGGCCCCGUACAGUCAGCUGGGCUCCCUGCUGAAGAAACGCUAUCCUGCUGUGGAGGAGAUUGAAGUCAUCGGCGGGUACCUUUCCCUUGGAAAGUCCUGCCUGGCCAAGACGGGCACCCUGGGCAAGAAGCUCAAGAUCUCCUUCAAUGAGACGAGUCUCCACAGCACGUACGAGUAUCCGUCAGAGAGCAGCGCCUGGGACAGCGGGGAUGAAGACAAUGUGGCCAAACCGGAGGAAAAGGUUGCCGGCGAACCGCUCACCAUGGUCGGACGCAUCCACAUCCCUCAGCCCACGUUUACAAGCUCGCCCACCCACGCCAACAGCAGUAAUGACCUCUCCAACUACAUUCCCAAGCACUCUAUGGACUUCAGCGUGUGGCAGAAAUACAAACAAGAGGACAGCGUGAACAAAGAGGAGGCCACUUCCCAGCAGACACAGAUGACAGAGGAGGUCAUGUUGACACCUGCAGACAGUUCAUCCCUGUCGGACUACAGCAGCGAGCCUGCUCUCUACUUCUGAUCACUCCAAUUAAUCAGCUGGACAGUAGCACCUCCUCGCCCGCAGGAACCACACGAGAUGGCCUGCCACACCAGGAACUGAACCACUUGGAACAGAAAGACACUCCAAGCACACGUCCCUGACACCUUCAGGGAACACAAGCCAUGGUAGCACCACCACUCGCCACGCAAUCACACUCCUCCAGGUGAUUCCUCUCCGACAAAUCUACAAAGCAGCUGGACUGCCUUUUUCCCCCCUCAAAUGACGCUGGACAGUUGAUCUGUCACAUCAUCAAACCCAAAGAAAUUGAUAGGCUGGAUUUGACCUGUGAAGCCCCCCCCCCCCCCCCCCCCCCGCAAACACUUCAUGGUUUGUGGGACAUUUAUGGGACUUUUAGCGCAAAAAUCUGCCAAUGUCCAUGUGGAGGUGAUGCCACAGUGACAGUGUUAGCAUGGAAAUGUUAGGAUGACCUCCAAAAACACGCAGGCUGUGUCUCAAACCCAAUACUUGCGUCACUACGCUUUAGUAAGCAUACUGUGUACUUAACGAUUUUCGAUUUUUGACAGCGGAGGCUAUCCCAAAUUGAUUCCUGUCUUUGCGCACUUACCAUCGCUACUUUCCAUAGUUGCUUUUAUUUCAGGUUAGCUCCGUAGCCAAAAUGUACUGUGCAACGUGUGGGCACUGACAGUGCACUGCAUUUUACCAUACUUAUGCACUCAAAACGGCUAAGUCUAAGUAGGGAAGUGCACAAAUGGAGACAGUCUGUAUAGACUAAGACUAUGAAUACUAUGAAUACAGUGACACACUUAGUUACUGAGUGCACAAAUCAAUUCAUGUUGUCACGCACUUACCAAACAUGCUGACUGCAACAUUUUACCAACUUCUUCUUCUGUUCUUUUUCAAAUUUGGAAUUGCAACCACUUCAGUUAGUCUCUGCCCUUCUAAUAUGGUGGUAUGUAACCGGUAAUGAACUACCGUUGUUGCAAAAGUGACCACUGCAUUACUUUCAUCCACUCCGUCUCUCCUUUUUACUUGGGAAUUGCAACCACUCGAGUUUAUGCCCUUCCACUAUGUAGCCAAGCUGCUAAGUAACUGGUAAUCAAAUAGACGUUGCAAAAGGACUAUCGUAUUAUUUUUACCCACUUCUCUCCUUUUUUGCUCUUGGAAUUGCAACCACUCAUUAGUUUCUGCCCUUCUACUAUGUAGCCAAGCUGCUAAGUAACUGGUAAUCAAAAGCUGUUGCAAAAAGGACUAUUGUUAUUUUUACCCACUUUUCUCCUUUUUUACUCAUGGAAUUGCAACCACUCAUUAGUUUCUGCCCUUCCAAUAUGUCGCCAAGCUGUUAAGUAACUGGAAAUCAAAUACCUGUGUUGCAAAAAAGGACUAUCGUAUCAUUUUUACCCACUUCUCUCCUUUUUUACUCUUUGAAUUGCAACCACUCAUUAUUUCUGCCCUUCCAAUAUGUAGCCAAGCUGUUAAGUAAUUGGUAAUCAAAUACCGUUGUUGGAAAAAGGACUGUCGCAUUAUUUUUACCCACUUCUCUCUUUUUACUUGGGAAUUGCAACCACUCGAGUUAUUUUCUGCCCAUCCAUUAUGUAGCCAAGCUGCUAAGUAACUGGUAAUCGAGUACAGUUGUUGCGAAAAGGAAUAUUGCCUUAUUUUUACCCACUUCUCUCCUUUUUACUUGGGAAUUGCAACCACUCGAGUUUAUGCCCUUCUACUAUGUAGCCAAGCUUCUAAGUAACUGGUAAUCAAAUCGCUGUUGCAAAAAGGACUAUUGUUAUUUUUACCCACUUCUCUCCUUUUUACGUGAGAAUUGCCACCACUCCAGUUAGUUUCUGCCCUUCCACUAUGUCACCAAGCUGGUAAGUAACUGGUAAUCAAAUACCCGUGUUGCAAAAAAGGACUAUCGUAUUAUUUUCACCCACUUUUCUCCUUUUUUACUCAUGGAAUUGCAACCACUCAUUAGUUUCUGCCCUUCCAAUAUGUAGCCAAGCUGCUAAGUAAUUGGUAAUCAAAUACCGUUGUUGGAAAAAGGACUCUCGCAUUAUUUUUACCCACUUCUCUCUUUUUACUUGGGGAUUGCAACCACUCGAGUUAAUUUUCUGCCCAUCCAUUAUGUAGCCAAGCUGCUAAGUAACUGGUAAUCGAGUACAGUUGUUGCGAAAAGGAAUAUUGCCUUAUUUUUACCCACUUCUCUCCUUUUUACUUGGAAAUUGCAACCACUCGAGUUUAUGCCCUUCCACUAUGUCGCCAAGCUGUUAAGUAACUGAUAAUCAAAUACCAGUGUUGCAAAAAAGGAUUAUUGUAUUAUUUUUACCCACUUCUCUCCUUUUUUACUCUUGGAAUUGCAACCACUGAUUAUUUUCUGCCCUUCCAAUAUGUAGCCAAGCUGCUAAGUAAUUGGUAAUCAAAUACCAUUGUUGGAAAAAGGAGUACAGUUGUUGUGAAAAGGAAUAUUGCCUUAUUUUUACCCACUGCUCUCCUUUUUACUUGGGAAUUGUAACCACUCGCUAGUUAGUGUCCACCCUUUCACUGCAUAGCCAAGGUGCGAAGUAACUAGUAAGUGUCCAUCACUGCACACUCACCAGUUUGGCUGUUCUGACUGCAACAUGUGGGUAACGACACCACUUUUUGCCGUAUUUUCUCAGUGUGUACAAGUACGGAAGUGCACAGCCUUUAUAGACUACAAAUACCACUUUUAGUACAAUUGAAUAAAAGUGCAGUUUACACUGUGUAAUUAGUCCCUGAGUGCACAAAUCGAUUAGUGUUAUUGCACACUUACCAGAGGAUGACAACUGCAAUAUUUUACCCCAUUCUUCUUCUGCUUCUCUCCUUUUUAAUUGUGAAUUGCAACCACUCAGUAUAUCCAAGGUGCUAAGGCACUGGUAAGUGUCCAUCAUUGCACACUCACCGUGUUGACCGUUUUGAGUGCAACGUCUGCCUGGUUCGUGUCACUGUGAACAUACUCAAAAAGCUUACGAGUACCACCGAACAAAGUGCGCACAUUUGAGACACAGCCUGAUGGUCGCAUCUCCUCACUUCCCGUAGAACAACGAUGUCGAUGUCGAGUGCCACAAGUAGUUUUUGUACGUGCAUGGUUUUAGUUGAAGCAACAGCUGGUUGUUUGUCUUUUUACUCCAAAUGCUUCCUUAUGCCUUUUUUUUUGCUUUUUGUAUCUUUUCAUGACAAAGCGUGUUUGGUCCAACAGGCAGGUAAAACAUCUUCAAGGUAUGAAAUCAAUCAGCAUGCACCCUGGAGGAGGUUUUGCAUCAGUCCGUAGCGCUCAUUUCUUUCUUUGACAGAAGCUUGAACAAGUGACCUUGGGCCAAAAAAAACAAAACAAAAUGUCUGUGUUGCUGGCGUUCCAGAAACGUGUCGUCCUCGCAAGCUUCUUCUGUAUUUAUUGCUUCUCAGUGUUUUGCAUGUCUUAAGACCUGCUUAUGUACAAUGUUGUGGGUUUUUUUUGUGUGUGUGUGUCAAGGUAGAAAGAUGCACGGGGACCUCAUGUACUCUCACAUUCCACGCAGAGCAAGAAAGCUGGUUGGUCCGCUAGUUUUUUUUUUUUUAAUGAAUGGGAAUGCACCACCAAGUCCUAAUGCCAAGUGAUUCAAGUCGUUUAUUUUUUA